GCAGUAACAGAGAAGAAUUUUGAAACAAAGGAUUUUCGAGCUUCUCUGGAGAAUGGUGUUCUGUUGUGUGAUUUGGUUAAUAAACUUAAACCUGGCGUCAUUAAGAAGAUCAAUAGAUUAUCCACACCAAUAGCAGGUUUGGAUAAUAUAAACGUUUUUUUGAAAGCUUGUGAACAGAUUGGAUUGAAAGAAGCCCAGCUUUUCCAUCCUGGCGAUCUACAGGAUUUAUCAAACCGAGUCACCGUCAGGCAAGAAGAGACUGAUAGGAGAGUGAAAAAUGUUUUGAUAACACUGUACUGGUUGGGAAGAAAAGCACAAAGUAACCCAUACUAUAAUGGACCCUAUCUUAAUUUGAAAGCCUUUGAGAAUCUUUUAGGACAAGCUCUGACUAAGGCUCUUGAAGACUCCAGCUGUCUGAAAAGGAGUGGCAGGGACAGUGGUUACGGUGAUCUCUGGUGUACUGAACGUGGAGAAUUUCCUACUUCUUCGGGCAACCACAAGCGAGAAGAUUCCUUCGAAAGCUUGGACUCUUUGGGGUCUAGGUCAUUGACAAGCUGCUGCUGCGAUAAUAUUUUGAGAGGCGGACGUGAGGGUUGUGAAAGUGACACAGAUUCUGAAUUUACAUCCAAAAUGCAGGAUUAUAAUAAAGAUGAUAUGUCCUAUCGAAGGAUUUCGGCCAUUGAACCAAAAUCUGCUUUACCGUUCAAUCGUUUUUUGCCCAAUAAAAGUAGACAGCCAUCCUAUGUGCCGGCGCCAUUGCGGAAGAAAAAGCCUGACAAAAAUGAGGAUAACAGAAGAAGUUGGGCCAGCCCGGUCUAUCCAGAAGCAGAUGGAACAUUUCCAAGUAACGAGAGGAGGACUUGGGGCACAAAUGUGGAGAACUGGCCAAGAGUACAAGAAACUUCAAACUCCUCUUGUUACUUGGAAGAGGAAGAAGAAAAGACAAGUAUGCCCAACACUGUAAAGGAUGAUCUAUACGUGCGAAAGCUAAGUCCAAUCAUGCCAAACCCAGGGAAUGCUUUUGAUCAGUUUCUUCCCAAAUGUUGGAUCCCAGAAGACGUGAACUGGAAAAGAAUAAAAAGGGAAACUUACAAACCAUGGUAUAAAGAAUUUCAGGGAUUCAGUAGGAGGACUUCAGAUUCAGAGGAUGAGGAUUUGAGCUCUGACAGAAGCUCCUCCAUUUUUAGUAGAAUCCAAAAAGCAAAGCAUAGGCUAGACAGCAACUGCCAAAGACGUUCACUCCUGCUGGAAUUGGCUCCCAAAGGGGCCAGGAACUCCCGGGACACGCAAGCAGCCAGGAGAAGCCGCGGUGCCGCGGAUGAGCCCAGUCAGUUUUUAUUACUUCAGGCACUCCAAACAUACUCUGAUGACAUCUUGUCUUCUGAAACAAAUAUCAGAAUUGAUCCCACUGCCGGCCCAAGGCUCAUAACACGCAGAAAGAAUGUCUCUUCUGCACCAGGGUGUAAAAGAGAUGACCUUGAGAUGUCAACCCUAGAUCCUGACUUAGAAAAUGAUGAUUUCUUUGUCAGAAAGACUGGGGCUUUCCAUGCAAAUCCAUAUGUUCUCCGGGCUUUCGAAGACUUUAGAAGGUUUUCUGAGCAAGAUGAUCCUGUAGAGCGAGAUAUAAUUCUGCAGUGUAGAGAAGGUGAACUUGUACUUCCAGAUCUAGAAAAAGAUGAUAUGAUUGUUCGCCGAAUUCCAGCGCCGAAGAAAGAGGUGCCUCUCUCAGGGGCCCCGGAUAGAUACCAACCAGUCCCUUUCCCUGAACCCUGGACUCUUCCUCCAGAAAUUCAAGCAAAAUUUCUCUGUGUACUUGAAAGGACACGCCCACCCAAAGAAAAAAGAAAAAGCUGUAGAGUAUUAGUGCCUUCCUACAGGCAGAAGAAAGAUGACAUGUUGACUCGCAAGAUCCAGUCUUGGCAGCUGGGGACGACUGUGCCUCCUGUCAGUUUCACCCCUGGUCCCUGCAGUGAGGCGGACCUCCGGAAGUGGGAGGCCAUCCGGGAGGCCAGCAGACUUAGGCACAAGAAACGGCUGAUGGUCGAGAGACUCUUUCAAAAGAUUUAUGGUGAGAAUGGGAGUAAGUCCAUGAGUGAUGUCAGCACGGAGGAUAUUCAGAACUUGCGUCAGCUGCGUUACGAGGAGAUGCAGAAAAUAAAAUCACAACUAAAAGAACAAGACCAGAAAUGGCAAGAUGAUCUUGCAAAAUGGAAAGAUCGUCGAAAAAGCUACACUUCAGAUCUGCAGAAGAAAAAGGAAGAGAGGGAAGAAAUUGAAAAGCAGGCACUUGAGAAAUCUGAGAGAAGCUCUAAGACAUUUAAGGAAAUGCUACAGGACAGGGAAUCCCGAAAUCAAAUGUCCACAGUUGCCUCGAGGAGGAGGUUGCAUUCCUUUGAUGAUGUAUUGAAUGAAGAGAUGCUUUCCCCUACACCGACCAUGUUGGAAGCAAGUUACCAGAGCGAGAGAGUGGAAGAGAAGGAAACAGCAUAUUCUACAGAAAUUCCUAAACAAGAUUCUACAACUUUUGCAAAAAGAGAGGCCGCUGUGGCCGCUAACAUUCAGCUUCCUUCUAAAAGCCCCAUGGAAGAACAACUCCCAGACUCUUUGUCUUCUCGGCGUUCACUGACUACACAAACAGAGUUGACUCGAAUUUCAGCCUCUCUCCCCAGAAGUUACCAGAAAACUGAUACAGCCAGGUUAACAUCUGUGGUCACACCGAGACCUUUUGGCUCUCAGGCAAGGGGAAUCUCAUCACUCCCAAGAUCCUACACGAUGGAUGAUGCUUGGAAGUUUAACGGAGAUGUAGAAGAUGCUAAGAGAACACGGAAUAGUUUGGUGAGCACCUCUGUGCAGAAACCUGACACAAGCCUGCUUGUUUCCAGCAAGUCCAGUGAGAGAGAGCGAGCAGUGGUGGGAGAAGGUGUGAGGGGGCUGCAGUCUCCUACACCCUCCUUCUCAUCACUUUCCCAGGACCAGGCUGCCACUUCUCAAGCCACACUGUCUUCAACAUCUGGCGCCGAUUUAACAUCUGCGUUUGGAGAAGGGGGAAGCUCACCGCAGAUGGAGGUCUCGGGAUUGCAGGAUCAGUUCAGUGAUAUGAGAAUCAGCAUAAACCAGACGCCUGGGAGCGGUCUUGACUUUGGGUUUACAGUAAAAUGGGCUUUUUCUGGGAUCUUCGUUGCAUCAGUCGAAGCAGGUAGCCCAGCAGAAUUUUCUCAGCUACAGGUAGAUGAUGAAAUUAUUGCUAUUAACAACACCAAGUUUUCAUAUAAGGACACAAAAGAGUGGGAAGCAACCAUGGCUAAUGCUAAAGAAACUGGAAACCUAGUAAUGGAUAUCAGGCGCUAUGGAAAGUCUGACUGGGGCAAAGACCAAACUUCCCUACCAUUUACACGGCAUAAAACCCUCAAUCUCACAAGUAUGGCUACCAAAAUUAUAGGUUCACCCGAAACAAAGUGGAUUGAUACAACUUCUGGAAUUUACAACUCAGAAAUGUCUUCAAAUCUGUCAAUAACAACUGAUUUCUCAGAAAGCCUCCAGCAUUCUAAUAUUGAAUCCAAGGAAAUGAAUGGAAUUCAUGAUGAAAGUACUACUUUUGAAUCAAAAGCAUCUGAACCUAUUUCUUUGAAAAACUUAAAAAGGCGAUCACAAUUUUUUGAACAAGGAAGCUCAGAUUCUGUGGUUCCUGAUCUUCCAGUUCCGACUCUCAGUGCCCCAAGCCGCUGGGCGUGGGAUCAAGAGGAGGAGCGGAAGCGGCAGGAAAGGUGGCAGAAGGAGCAGGACCGCCUGCUGCAGGAAAAAUAUCAACGUGAGCAGGAGAGACUCAGGGAAGAGUGGCAAAGGGCUAAGCAAGAAGCCGAGAGAGAGAAUUACAAGUACUUGAAUGAGGUAGAACUGAUGGUCCUGAGCUCAAACAGCAUUUCUCUGCCCACCCGGGAGCCUGCCGUGGCCACCUCGGAAGCCUCCUGGGGUGAGGAGUCCAAGUCGUCAGACUGGGAAGGGACCCGAGCAGGAGAGGAGGAGAGGAGACAGCCAAAGGAAGGUGCAGAGGAGGACCAAAGAAAGAAGCUGCAGGAGCAACUCACGCUUGAGAAAGAGAGGAAACUGAAGGAGCAACAACAUGAGGAAGAGCCAGAGUGGAAGCAGCGUCAGGAGGAGGCCCAGGAGCAGAAGCACCAGGCAGAGAGAGAGAGGGAAACUUCAGUCAAAAUAUACCAGUAUAAAAGGCCUGUUGAUUCCUAUGACAUACCAAAGAGAGAGCAAAAAUCUUCAGGGCUGCUUCCUAGUGACAGGAAUAAAUCCAGAUCCACAACUGAACUGAAUGAUUACCCUACAAAUAAAAAUGGAGGCAAUAAAUAUUUAGACCAAAUUGGGAGCACCAGCUCGUCACGGAGGAGCUCCAAGAAGGAACAAGUCCCAUCGGAAGCAGAGUUAGAGAGACAACAAAUUCUUCAAGAAAUGAGGAAGAGAACAGCUCUUCUCAAUGACAACAGCUGGAUCCGGCAGCACAGUUCCAGUGUACAUAAGGAGCCAAUCUGUCUGCCUGGGAUUAUGAGAAGAGGUGAAUCUCUAGAUAACCUGGAUUCCCCAAGAUCCAGUUCUUGGAAACCAUCCCCUUGGCUCAAUCAGCCUUCAGGAAUCCAUGCUUCUUCCUCUGUUCAAGACUUCAGUCGCCCCCCGCCUCAGCUGGUGUCCACAUCAAACCGGGCCUACAUGCGGAAUCCAUCCUCCAGCAUCCCCCCUCCUUCCACUGGUUCCGUGAAGACCACCGCUGCACCUUCUCCCACACCACGCAGCCAUUCUCCUUCAGCAUCACAGCCGGGCUCCCAGCUCCGCAACAGGUCAGUCAGUGGGAAGCGAGUGUGCUCCUACUGUAGUAACAUUCUGGGCAAAGGAGCCGCCAUGAUCAUCGAGUCCCUGGGUCUUUGUUAUCAUUUGCAUUGUUUUAAGUGUGUGGCCUGUGAGUGUCAUCUCGGAGGCUCCAGCUCAGGAGCCGAAGUCAGAAUCAGAAACCACCAACUCUACUGCAACGACUGCUAUCUCAGAUUCAAAUCUGGACGGCCAACCGCCAUGUGAUGUAAGCCUCCAUACGAAAGCACUGUUGCAGAUAGAAGAAGAGGUGGUUGCUCCUGAUGUAGAUCUAUAAAUACGUGUUGUAUGUCAUUUUUGCUCUUUUUUUGAAAAGGAUAACACUUCUUUUUUUUUUUUUUAAUUUUUUGCCUCUCUAGAUUACAUCAGAGCAUUAUGGUCUUGGUAGAACCUAUAUUUUUGUUGUUGUUUAUUUAUAAGAAGGUGAUUCUGUGUGUGGGGGGGGAAGUGCAGUAUUUACUUUUUGAAUUCAACAUCUUAAAAGCACAAGGGAAAAAUAAGAACUUCAAAAUAUUUUUGAUGCUGAUAUUGAUCUAGUUUGACUUUCUAGUGGUGUUUUGAAGAGGGUUAUUUUAUUGUUUUUUUUUUAAAAAGGUUCUGAAACAUUAUUUGAAAUAGUUAAUAUAAAUAUAUAAUUGUGUUUGCUCUGUUUAUUGUAAUGUAUACUAAAUUAAUGCAGAACCGUAUAGAAAAUUUCACUAAAAUCUACCCACAAAUUUGCUUUCUAUGUCCUUCUUUUCAUCUAUGUAAUAUUGUGCUUUUUAAAAAAAUUUUUUUAGCAUAUGUGGCAUUUUAUUUGCUUGAUGAGGGGAUCUCUAUUUUCUUCACCAGAAUGAUCACUAAGCAAUGCCCAAUAGAAAGCUGCUGCUUUUCAUUAAUACAGAAUCAUCAUGGUUUGUAUACCAAAAGUUUUCUCCAGGAACUAAUAAGCCUUUCUGUUCCACUGUGUUUGUAAAUAAACUUGCUGAUGCAUUAA